AUGACUACCACUGAAAAAUCUGUAGGAAACUUUUCUAUUCAAUCCUCUUCUGGGUCUUCUAUUCGUCAUUUAGUGUCGAUCAAGGAUUUGACUGACGAUGAGUUCAAAGCUUUGGUUGACAGAGCCGAGUACUACAAGAAGGUGUUCAAGAGCAAUGACACCGCCGAGUUCCAGAAGCAACACCUGAAGUUACUGGGGAAGACCAUUGCUUUGAUUUUUACCAAAAGAUCUACAAGAACUAGAAUUUCCACCGAAGGUGCAGCUGCAUUUUUCGGAGGUCAACCAAUGUUCUUAGGUAAGGAUGAUAUCCAAUUAGGUGUUAAUGAGUCCUUCUAUGAUACUACCAAGGUUGUUUCAUCUAUGGUAUCUUGUAUCUUUGCUCGUGUGAACAAACAUGCAGACAUCCAAAACUUAGCAAAGGAUUCUUCAGUUCCUAUCAUUAACGCUCUAUGUGAUAGAUUCCACCCUCUACAAGCCAUCUGUGAUAUGCUUACCAUAAAGGAAAAACUUGAUUACGAAAAUAAUAAAUUGAAGAUGACUUGGGUUGGAGAUGCAAAUAAUGUGAUUAACGAUAUGGCCAUUGCUGCUUUGAAGUUGGGUAUCGAUGUUUCGGUAGCAACUCCUCCAGGUAUUGAGUUGGAAGAUGAAAUAGUAGAAGAGGCAAAGAAAUUGGCUACCAAGAACAAUUGUGAGUUCGUAGCAACCCACGAUUCAUUAGCAGCUUGUAAAGAUGCCAACAUUUUGGUUACAGACACAUUUGUGUCGAUGGGUGAAGAAUUCGCAAAGGAAGCUAAGCUAAAACAAUUUGCUGGGUUCCAGAUAAAUUCUGAACUAUGUAGUGUUGCUGCUCCAAACUACAAAUUUAUGCAUUGUUUACCAAGACACCAUGAAGAAGUCACUGAUGAAGUUUUCUACAGUGAAAAUUCUAUAGUUUUCGAAGAAGCUGAAAACAGACUUUACGCAGCAAUGGCUGCCAUUGACAUUUUUGUUAACCAUAAAGGCGACUUUUUCUCCGAGCCAUGA